CGCCUGGGCGGGAGGUCGCCGAGCCGGGUGGCUGCGCGCCCUGGCCGGGAUGCAGGAUGGCAACGGAGCCGCCGCCGUCCAGCCUCUCCUUCCGCACCACGGGCUCCACCUGUCUGCACCCGCUCAGCGAGCUCCUAGCCAUCCCGCUGGACCAGGUUAACUUCGUGGCCUGCCAGCUCUUUGCCUUGGCUACAGCCUUCUGGUUUCGCAUUUACUUACAUCCUGGUAAAACCAGUCCUCAGGUCCGACAUGCAUUUGCCACCAUUUUAGGAAUUUACUUUGUCAUUUUCUGCUUUGGCUGGUACUCUGUACAUCUUUUUGUGCUGGUGUUACUGUGUUAUGGAGUCAUGGUGACUGCAAGUGUAUCUAAUGUUCACAGGUACUCCUUUUGUGUAGCAAUGGGAUACCUUACGAUAUGCCACAUCAGCCGAAUAUACAUCUUCCACUAUGGAAUUCUCACUACCGAUUUUUCUGGGCCUCUGAUGAUUGUCACUCAGAAGAUCACAUCGUUGGCUUUUCAAGUUCAUGAUGGAUUAGGUCGAAGAGCUGAAGAUCUCUCUGCUGAGCAACAUCGACUUGCCAUAAAAGUGAAACCCUCGCUGUUGGAAUACUUAAGUUACCUUCUCAAUUUCAUGAGUGUCGUCGCUGGCCCUUGCAACAACUUCAAGGACUACGUAGCCUUCAUUGAGGGGCGGCACAUACAUGUGAAGUUGCUGGAAGUGAACUGGAAGCAUGAGGGUUUCCACGGCCUUCCCGAGCCUUCUCCCACCGGAGCUGUGAUUCGCAAGUUGUACAUCGCCUUGGGGUCUCUCUUUUUUUUUCUGACGCUCACCAAGUCCUUCCCUAUCACUUGCCUGGGUGAUGACUGGUUUGUCCAUCAAGCAAAUUUUCCUACUCGACUCUGCUACUUGUACAUUGUCAUGCAAGCUGCAAAACCCAAGUAUUACUUUGCAUGGACAUUAGCGGAUGCAGUGAAUAAUGCAGCUGGCUUUGGGUUCAGUGGAGUGGAUAAGAAUGGAAAUUUCCAUUGGGAUCUGCUGUCUAACCUAAACAUCUGGAAAAUCGAGACUGCCACAAGUUUCAAAAUGUACUUGGAAAACUGGAACAUUCAGACAUCUACUUGGCUAAAGUGUGUGUGUUAUGAGCGAGUUCCAUGGUACCCUACGGUGCUAACCUUCGUCCUGUCUGCCUUGUGGCAUGGUGUCUAUCCUGGAUACUAUUUUACCUUCUUAACUGGAGUCCCUGUUACAUUAGCAGCUAGAGUGAUAAGGACCAACUACAGACAUUACUUUCUUUCUUCAAAACCUCUCAAAAUCAUUUAUGACGUGGUUACCUGGGCAGUCACUCAGCUGGCUGUAUCAUACACGGCCGCGCCCUUCGUUAUGUUGGCAGUCGAACCAACCAUCAGUUUGUACAAGUCCAUGUACUUUUACUUACACAUUGUAAGUCUCCUGAUAUUACUUUUUCUGCCAAUCAAACCACAAGCUCACACUCAAAAGCAACCCCAGAGUCUGAACUCUGUUCAUAAGAAGAAAGCAGACUGAUACCUCUGAGAACAGCUAAAACAACAACAGCAACAAAAAACCAAAACAACAUUGCAAGACAUUGGAAAGAUGAAAUAGAAAAGCUCGAAGGUUCUUCAGUGACUUAGAGGCAAUGUUUACAUGCAUCUUUUUUUUUUUUUGAACUGCAGGGAGUAUUUUUUAUACAGUCUUUUUUUUGUACAGCGAAAUUAGCCCGAUCUAUGUGUCUUAAUAUGUUACGGGAUCUUCCAGUGAUGGAGAAGUGUAGAGAAUGUGCCGGAGUUUCUGAGACAGUCUCUUCUGGAAUUCUAGGUCUUUGCUUUUCUGAUAUCAUUUUCAGUUGAAAUCUGGGUGAUGGGAAUUGGAAUCUAGGCAUUGGCCUGGGAAGUUAGGAGAUGAUUACUGAGAUUUAUCAUAAAUUUCUCUUCCUCUCUCCCUCUUUCCCUCUCUUCUUCCAUUCCUCUCUCUCUCCCUACCUCCCUUCCUCCCCCCUCCCCCAACACCCUCUCACACUGUAGCUCAAGAUGACAUGGAACUCACUGUGUGGCCUAGGCCAUCAUUGACCUUGGCAAUCCUCCUUCCUCAGCUCCUCAGCUUCCUCACCAUAAGCAUGAGUCUCCAUGCCUGGCUGCCAUGGAUUUCUUAAGUAGAAGCAUAUCCAGGCAUGAUUGUUCUUGGGAAGCUCCAAACCCUUUGACUGUGGUAUUAUUGGUUUGUGAACCUAAGAGCUGUACCAGCCGAAGACCCUGGCUGAACAGGAUCAUGGAAGGAGAUUUUUGGGGUACUCAAAACAAUAUGAGUGAAGAGGACCAACCAUGAACAUUUGAAUGGACUAGCAGUGAGCCCUCAAACAGGCUGCUUUCCCCUGCCCUCCCCACCCCAUCCCCAGGAAUGUAUUCUUUCCAUUUGUUUAUUCUGAAAUGAGCCACAGUGGGAAAUCACAAACUCUCCGGUGUAUAUCUGCUAGGAGCCUGCUUUCCAUUUUACCUGCUUUCAUCUGCUUGCCCAGGAGUGGCCCUGAAAUGACACCCAAAUAUUCACACCAUCAAAGGCAGUAACAUACCUUUUUAAAAAAAACAUAAUAUAUAUAUAUAUUUAUUAUCUUUAAGUAGUUGAACAAAGGAAUUACCAUUCAUCAAAUCAGUUUAUAAGUACAAUGCAUUUUCAUCAAUGUCACCCCUUUUAUCUCUUUCCUCCAUCUAAAGUACUUUUUGAAGAACUAAUCUGUUUAAAAAGUAAAGUUCUGUAGCAUUUUGGUAAGAAGAAACACAUGUUUCUCCUUCUUUCCCUCGAUUUCUAGAGGUGUUAAUGAUCAUGGCCAUGAUAUACACAUGGGCCUGAUUUUCAUUUUUCUAGCUUCAUAACUGAUUAAACCCAGCUUUAUUUUAGAUGAAUCAUCAUAUUAUAAAGCAGAAACUAGAAGACAGUUUUCUAUUCUAUCUUUGUCAUGAAUGUACCACAGUUCCUUUGGGGGACUUCUAUUGGAUAAUCCAUAUAUGAAAAGAAAGUAGAUUAAAUAGAAAAUAAUAAUAAUGAUAAUAAUAAUAAAAUCUAUGCUGCAA